CGAAGGCUCAAACGGUACUUUGGAGUUUCAAGACCGAGUGAGUUAUUGUAAUCGGAUCGAUCCCAUCCGAUCUCAGAAUCUCAGAUACUCAGAAAGUUAAAGGUAGACGACGAAGAAGAAGAAGAUGCCUUGCCUUUACCUCUCCACCAACGUGAACCUAGACGGAGUUGACAUUAAUCCCAUCUUCUCCGAAGCUACGAAAGCCAUCUCUGCCAUUACCGGAAAGCCCGAAGGCUAUGUGAUGGUGUUACUCAAGGGAUCAGUUCCCAUAUCAUUUGGUGCGAGCACAAGUGAACCGGCGGCGUAUGGCGAAUUGGUGGCGUUGGGCGGCAUUACAAAGGCGGUGAAGCGGGAGCUGAUCGCUACGCUUGGCAAGAUUCUGCAGAACUCGAAGCUCGUCAUCCCCAGGACUCGUUUUUUCCUUAAAGUUGUUGAUGUAAGUACUCCUGCGGGAUCCAAACUGUAAUGUAAAUCGCUGUUGUAAGAGGUAGGUCAAGCACAAUGGCUAAGAUUUCCGUCAUUUGAUGGCCAACGAAAUAAAAGUGAUGCUCAGCAUAUAAUGCUUGGCCCGAAA